GCGGUUACGUUGAUUUUAUUUGCAUUGCAAAAUAAAUUCUGCUGGAAAUGAAACAAAAUAUUUCACCGUGAUCGUUAGUGUUACUUAAACCUAAACAAAUAGCUUGGCUUGCCAGUACCGCCACCUGUGAUUAAGGGAACUACGAGAGUCGCGGCCGGAGAGCCGAACGACGGUUUCGGUCCGGUUUUAUAAAUAUGGCUGCUCGACUGAUGGGCCGCUUAGUUCGUCCCGUUCGCAAGUCCAGAUCGUCAGCGCCAGUGGCAGCCUCAAACUUCUUGAGCACCUCCAGUACAGUGGACACCCUCAGUGCAGUAAGCACCCGAUGCAUGGACCGAUUACGAUUGGUUGCGCCCACGGAGCAGCAGGCGGUGCAGUUCUCCGGAUCAGGUCCCAGCCUGGCCGAGCUCGUCUUUAAUCCUCUUUCAAAGAGUAUUAAUGGAAAUCAUAGUACGAGUAAUGGAAACAACAUCAGAAACAACAACAACCAAGCUGAGAAUGAAGCCUUUGAGGAGGCCAUAAAGCGGCUAAACUCCCUGCAGUCAAACGAUGCUGCUAUAAGGAACUCGAUAAAAAGUGAUCGCGUUAAUACUAAGGAGGAUACCGUUAAAUAUCUGGAGCGGAGCGGUCUGCCGCUUGAAACCGUCGAGCGGCUGUCCUUCAUCCAUGUGGCCGGUACCAAGGGCAAGGGAUCAACAUGCGCCUUGACCGAAUCUCUGCUGCGCCAUCAAGGCGUCCGCACGGGAUUCUUCAGUUCCCCGCACAUCAUGUUCACCAACGAGCGGAUCCGCAUCGAUGGCCAGCUGUUGGCCAAGGAUAAGUUCACGGAGCAGUUCUGGAAGGUCUACAACCGACUGUGGGAUAAGCGGGAGCACGAUGGCGACAUGCCUGCCUAUUUCAAGUUCCUGACCAUCAUGGCAUUUCAUGUAUUCGUGGCGGAGAAGGUGGAUGUGGCCAUUUUGGAGGUGGGCAUCGGCGGUGAGCACGACUGCACAAAUAUCGUGAGGAAUGUACGUACGGUGGGCAUCACAUCGCUGGGACUGGAGCACACGGAGCUGUUGGGCAGCACGCUGCCGGAGAUCGCCUGGCAGAAGGCGGGCGUCAUCAAGCCGGGAUCGCAUGUCUUCACCCAUGUCAGUCAACCGGAGUGCCUGCAGGUGAUUCGCCAGCGGACAAAGGAUCACGGCGCCACCCUCUACGAAGUGUCGCCCACGGAGGACUACUUUCGAUCGGAUGCGUAUGCUGGAGUUUGGGACAUCCUCAGCGAUGUGAUUCGAUUGAAUGGCUCCCUGGCCAUUCAGCUGGCCGGAGAUUGGCUAUCCCAGGCGAGGGAACCACUGCGACAAGAGCACGCCGUCAACGAGGUCAGGAUGGAUCCGCAGUUGCUGCAUGGACUGAUCAGCGCCCACUGGCCAGGUCGGUGUCAGCUGGUCGCGUGGCAGGGAAUGCGGCUCCAUUUGGACGGAGCUCACACCCUGGAGAGCAUGGCCGUCUGCACGGACUGGUUCGAAAAGAGUGUGCGAGACAGUGUGAAUCCAAAGAUCCUGAUCUUUAAUCGCACCGGAGAAUCCGGUUUUGGAGAACUGCUGGAACUUUUGAAUCGGAGCUGUGCCUUCGACAUGGUUUGCUUUGUGCCCAAUUUGAUCACCUCCACGCCAAACGCUCCCAGCCAGGUGACCGUGCGCUUUAGUGCAGAAAUACAAUUGAAGCGGGCUCGGGUCAUUGCCAAGGCAUGGAGUGACCUCUGCGCAAAGGAACAGCAGAGAGAUGAGGGUCAGGCAUAUGACACGUUAAUGGACGCCUUUACCGACGUCCGGCGUAGAUUUCCCGGUGGACAGCUGGAGGUGCUCGUCACCGGCUCCAUUCAUCUCCUGGGAGCAGCUAUUAGUGCCCUAGACCUAAUCCAUGAGUCCCAAAACUGAAAGUCGCAUUUCCAUUUAUGUAGGAUUAGAGUUAGUUGUAGUUAAGCCCAGUGAGCGCUGACAUCUGGAGUGAACAAACGUGAUAUCACGUAAAUUGACUUACAAAUAUUUGCAAACAUAUAUAAAGCCUAAAAAAUAUUUUGUCCUAGAUUAUAGUAGCUAUUGCUGAAUUCAUUUUAAUGGUGCAUGUAUUCACUGAAAAUUUAGAUUAAAAAAAAUAAUCUUAAAAGUCUUAGUUUUAUUUACAAUCUCAGGUAAAUGUAAUGGGU